AUGUCCAACGGCGGAACCCUUUCCCAAGAUAUCGUCACCGACAUACUCUCUCGACUACCUGUCCAAUAUCUUUGCCGCUUCAAGUGUGUUUCUCCCUCUUGGAAAUCCCUAAUCUCCGACCCCCAUUUUGCCAAAACCCACCUUAAUCGAACCAAGAGUACCCAAAAUGAUCCUAAAAAUCUCGAUCAAAAAAUAAUUAUCAUUUCCAACUAUCACAAUCUCUACUCCGUAGAUUUCGCCGAGGUAAAUCGAACAGCCACAAACCUCGAGUUUCCUGCGGUGGAACAUCGCUCUGCAGGCAAGUGGGUUCAAGUUUUGAGCUCUUGCGAUGGUUUGCUUCUAGUUUCCCGUGAUGACAAUUCCGACUUCUUGUUUUUGAAUCCAUCCACUAGAGAACAUAAGGAACUGCCCACAUUUCCUUUCGUCCUAAAUUCUGUCCAUUGCUUCCACUCGUACCUGUAUGGCAUGGGUUACGAUUCAUCUGCAGAUGAUUACAAGGUUUUGAUGCUCUCUUCCUAUAAUACUACCGAAUCUGAACCUUCUGCUGAGCGCGAUAGUACCAUGGUUGCUAUCUAUUCGCUAAAAACUAAUGCUUGGAGGAGAAUUCAAGAUACCAAUUAUAUCCUUGUGGGAAACUCUUGUGGGGUUUUCCUUAAUGGAUGUCUCCAUUGCCUUUGUUGGAGGGCUGGUUCCAAGGUAAUUGUUGCUUUCGACUUGUCCGGUGAGAUUUUCAAGGAAGUGCCGCUGCCUACUUCGUUUGGUACAUACACUGUCUUGAAUUAUCAUGUGGCAGUUGUUGGGGGUUGUCUCUGCUUGGUUGAUCAACGGAGUCAUAGAACUCAGUUUUGGAUGAUGAAAGAGUACGAGGUAAGAGAAUCUUGGUUAAAAUUCACAUUUGAUAUAUGUGACAUGUCUAGAGUGAAAGUGUUGUGUUUGUUACCGGAAGAUAAUUUUUUGUUGAAAACCAAGGGGUUCAUAAAAUUCGAAAAAAGAAACACGGAAGGAAAUGGAGUAAAACUGAUUGUGUACAAUUCGAAAAAAGAAACACAGAGGGACAUGGUAGUUCAUGGCUUGCCCACUGAAUUUAUGUUUGGAAGCACCUAUGUCGAGAGCCUUGUCUCUCCUAAUCAUGGAGGAUUGGGAGGCGAUGAAUGA